CCGUUUAAGAAUAUUUGGGCACUUGGAAUCCGGGGAAAAGUGAGCGAGGAAGGUAGGAGAUAGAGCGUUGGCCGUCAUUAUGGCACACGCUCAUACCUUCCUUCUUUUCUCCAUCACCAACAACAAAGAUGGGAUUGCCAUUAGAAGGUAUAAAAGUAGUGGAGUUCAGCGGUUUAGCCCCAGGCCCAACGGUGGGGUUGGUAUUGGCCGAUUUCGGAGCAGAUGUGAUCCGAAUUGACAAAGUUGGCGCAACAUUGAAUCCAGAUACGAUGACACGCGGAAAGAAGUCAAUUGCAAUCUCACCUAAACAUCCAAAAGGACUGCGAAUGCUACGUACUCUGAUCAGUGAGGCAGAUGUGAUUAUCGAUCCAUUCAGACCGGGUGUAUUGGAAAGGCUAGGACUUGGACCAAAAGAUGUAGAAGAAGGCAGAGAUGGAAUCAAGGGUAACAAAAAGCUAGUCUUUGCUCGAUUGACAGGCUAUCAGAGAGUAGGACCGUAUGCGUCUAUGGCAGGACAUGAUAUUAACUAUAUUGCCAUUUCUGGACUCUUGUCUAUGCUUGGAGCCAAAGAUGGACCACCACAACCACCCAUCAAUAUCUUGGGUGAUUUUGCUGGUGGCUCGUUUAUAUGUAUCAUGGGUAUCCUAAUGGCUCUGCUAGAGAGAGUCAGAUCUGGAAAGGGGCAAGUAGUGGAAGCAGAUAUGGUCACUGGUGCACGAUAUUUGAGCACAUUCUUGCUUUUGAGCUCCAAAUUAGAGCAUCCAACAAUGGGAGCACCAGUAAAUGAUGGAACAGAAAAGAGUAGAGGAACCAAAGCAUUGGAUGGCGGAGCACCAUACUACGGUGUAUACAAAACAAAAGACAAUCUCUGGAUGAGUGUUGGUGCUAUCGAACCGCAAUUCUACACUGAGAUGGUGCAAAUCCUAGGCAAACACGUUUCAGAAGACCUGAGAAGCAGAAUACCCAAACCAGAAUCACAAAACGACCAAUCGCAAUAUGCAGAACACAAAGCCAUCUUUUCCCAAGCGUUUUCACAAAAGACACGAGAUGAAUGGACAAAGAUUUUCAUCUCAACAGAUGCAUGUGUUGCACCAAUUCUGAAUCCUGAAGAAGCAGCGGUACAAGCUGUUGAGCCAAGGCUAAAAGCUGAAGAUAUCAAUGAAGGUGAACCAGUCGUUCCACAACCUGCGCCUCAUCUUUCUCGUACGCCUGCUCGUAUACCCGGUGGAAGUUCGGCAUACACACCUCGUGAUCAAGAUCCAGGGCCUGAAUUGCUGCUGACUCCAGGUGAACAUACAAACGAGAUUUUGACAUCAUGGGCAAAUGUGAAAGAUACUGAAAUUCUAGAAUUGUACAAAGCCAAAGCGAUUGGUGGACCAGAUGCUCCAGAGGUUGAGAGCAAGUUGUAGAAGUACUUAUGGUGUUACUGUAAUGAAAGACGUUUGUGUUGCUUG